CCUUGGGUGUGCGGCUCGCGCUAAGAAUGGAUUGGCUGAUACACAAGAAGAGGAGGAGGAAACAACUCUACCAAGCACACCAAAGCAGAUGGAUAAGGGAGAAAAGGAAGAGAAAGUGGAGGACGAAGAAAAGAUUUCCCAAACACGAUCCACCAGUAGCAUAGCAGUCGAAGAGCUCGACUUCUACCACCCCGACCCCUUCAUUCACUGUGAAUCUGAACAUUACCUUUUCAAAGAUGAUGACCUCUUUGACAAAACGGAUCAAUCUGAUGAUGACCCGUUCAAAGGCACAGACCCGUUCGCUGCAGACAUCCUCUUUCCAGAGGGGACAGAGGAGCCCUAUCCCUCCACUGAUCCGGAUACCCGCCUGGAACUUGGAUCUAACGACGAGACAGACAACAGCCUCUCCUGCGCUGAGAACAAAGCCUCCACCGGCACCCAGUGCUUCGAGUCCGAGUUCCCCGACGAGGACGAAUCCAGCGACAUAGAAAUCAGUUACAGCAGGGAGGAUCUGGACACUGUUCACACGGACGCUGUUGAACUCUCCUUCGUUGAGCCCCAAACCUUGAUCAUGACCGAACGCUUGGGUUUCAAGCCCAUCUACGCAGCUCAAACUUGUUCCUUUGAGACUGAAUUAGAUGACACAGAAGAACCCGGCGUAGCUUCUGGGCGCGAACCCUUCAGUCAAGCAUCCAGGGCCAACACCUGGGCUGCUGGACCCAACUUCUCCACCGAAUCCGACCCCAAUGGAUACGAGUUUGACAUCAACGCAGUAUCCCCUCCUUCCGACAUAGAAGAGAUUGACAUCACUCUUGGAUCUAUUCCAGUUGACUUUGACCUGGUGCCACCUGGGUAUGACUCCGUGGAACCCAGCUACCCUGUUGGGAUUCAGGCUUGUGACCCAGAACCUGCCGGGACAGGGGAUGCGACCUUCCUGAACCCAGCCCUCCUGUACCCACUGGCCCGGUCCGUCCACCUAGACGCCUCAAAGGGGGAGCAUCAGCGGACCGUGUGGAAGAGCCAGACACUCCCAAAGCUGAAGGCUGUUAUCCAGGUUCUUCCAACCGCUCUGCUGAUUCAGAGUUGGACAGUGCCAUCGGGAUGGACCCUCUUACCAGCUCAGCUGAAAACAACAGUAAAUUCAGCUUCGGCAAUAACAGUUUUGAGCUGAACUACGAGCCCAACUAUGAGCCCAGUAGUCAAACUUCGUACAACUAUGGAUUUAAACUCAGUCCCGAACACCACAGCGAAGAGAUCUUAGAUCCUUUUGCCACUGAACUCAGCGAUGAAGAAGCUGACAACCAAGCCUCAUUUGAUCCUUACGAAUUUGAGCCGAUUGCUCAAUCUGAGAACCAAGACAUGUUUGACCCUUACGGGUUUGGACAUACUUCUCAUGCCACUGACCGAGACACAUUUGACCCCUAUGGUUUCAAACUCUUAAGUUUUGAGACUGACAACCAAGCUAUCGUCGACUUACACAGCGGCGAUGAUACAAACCUUGAAGACAACAAUAACACAAACAAAAGGGACUCCUUUAGCUUCGAUUUCAGUAACACAGCUUCAAUCGACCCCUAUAGUUCAGAACCCAGUAAUACUGCAACAAUGGAUCUCCUUGGUCUGGAUCUCAGCAGAGCCAACAGUGUUGCUGAGACAGACUGUAACAAUCCUACAGCGUCUGACCCAUUAGGAACAGUACAAACUAUGGCAGCAGGAAGCAAUCUACUGGACCUGGACCUUGUGUUUGGAAGAAGUAGUUAUAGUGAUAACCCUGAAGUCGCCACUGACCUCUACCACUGUGAGCCUAGACAGGGAAACCCUGCUGGUCCAGACAACUUAGAAUUCAGAGUGAGAGACACCGCCCACUCCGAGUCUGUAGACACCGUUUCUGACUGGACGACUGUUAAGACCAACUCCAGGGAAUCCUUGUCCUUUGGCCCAGUCAAACACAGCACGCACAGCCUGGACAAAUGAACCAUUCCCUGGAAAGAAGACACCAGUGUGGCCAUGACUCUGCAGUACAGUACAACAAUGGGGAAGUAGAUGGAAGGAUAUGAAGCAAAGGCGGGAAUGAGUCUCUUUUCUCCAAGCUGGCAUGAUUCACCUUGACCCCUAGUCAAGGGUUGCAACAUUGCAUUGAUUUGAAUGUGAUUGAUAUGUUAAUUGAAAAUCAUAAUUUGAUGAAUCUAAUUUGAGUUAUUAAUUGCUGAUGGUUGCUUUGCAGUUAUACGGCCUUGGUUUGUUCUACACCCUGUUAAAGUUGCAAUACAGUAUUGAAUCUGGGUCCAGAUGCAGUAGGUUCUCGGAGGUGAGAACAAACAAUCCCACAUCCCUAAGACCUUGAGUUUGAAUUGCAUGAAAACCAAAGGAUUUAUUAUCCUUGUUUAUCUUGAAACUCUUCAUCCGAUAUACAGUAUAUGAGGUGCCAAGGGAUAGGGAAAAGGAUGGAGUGAAUAGUUUGGAGUUAAGCCGUCUGCAAAUACAACGGAUUACUUUUGAGGGAAGUGAGAAAACCAGUUUGGUAGAAUGCAGGGUCUGAGCAGUUUUGUGUUAAAUUGUAUUAGUCAACUGAUAAUAAGAAAAGCCAACUGUGGCCAAUACAAAUUGUUACAUAACAGUUUAAACACCCCUUGGACCUUCCACGACCGGAUUUGCCCACUCCUGGUUGACUAUAUAAUAUUUUAACUACCAAUGUGACAUGGCGCGAGCCAAACGUUGAACAACUACACGUAUAUACAUCGGUAUGUACUUUCUCAGACCUCCUGGGCCAGUAAUACAUAGAUCAAUUUAGGGGAUUACAAAGUGAGUGGCUAAUCUUUCACACAUACUACUGUAAAUUAACCGUUCAUCCAGUGUGCAAAUGCCCAUAGCGUUACAAAAUUAACUCCCAUUUUUGUGUGCUGGUA